GGGAGAAAUUUGUACAUGUUGAGCCCUCUAGGAGAGUUAAAGAAAUACUUGAAGAAGAGCUUUAUUUUCAGAAAGAAGCAUGCCCUGUUAAACAUCCAGCUGCAGUGGCUCUGGAAGGAAUUUGGAGUGUGAAAAAGAAUUUCUCCAUUCGAAGCCUGAAACGAGUGUCACAGGAUGGAAACAGUUUACUUUUACAGCCUCAAUUCUACUCAAGGCAUGCAGGAAUGAAAC